GGCGCCUUCGUCUCCCUCGCCGACGUCACGCCACCCCGUUGACAUUGCUCUAUAAAACGGGAAGCCUCGACGCUGCAGCCGAGCAGGCUAGUACUAGUAGUAGGACGACGAGCCACUCUUCCUCGUGCCAGCGAGAGAAGCCGAUUCGACGGCCGGAGCGGAGGGCGAGAUGAAGAGGAAGGGCAACAAGGGCGGGUGCCUCUGCGCGCCGUUCCGGGCGCUGUCGCGGGCGUGCGGCUCGGCCUGCGACCUGUACGUGCGCGGCAUGUCCGGGUGCGUGGGCCGCGUGCCGACGGCGAUGUCGGCCGCGGCGGUCGGCCGCGGGUUCGGCAGGUCGACGACGACGACGACGAUGCACCUGCGGGUGAGCUCGGACGCCGCCACCCGCCGCGACGUCGAGGAGCUCGUCCGCGCCGCGUCGAGGCAGCGGCGCGUGGCGGCCGAGCCGCCGCCGGCGGGGAAGGGCGCAGGGGCAGGCAAGAAGGGCCACUACCGCGGGGCACCGGCGGCCGUCCAGGUGGCGAGGAAGAAUGGGCCCUCGAUCGAGACGCCGCCCGCCGUCCCGGCGCCGCGGAAGAAGAGCGUGGCGAUGGGGACGAUCGCUGAGGACGCGCCGUGCGAGUUUGCGGCGGACGGCAUGACGAAGGCAACGGCGCCGGUGAGGCGGGGCGCCACGGCCGACGGCCUGGCCGCUCGCGCCGGCGGGUUUGGCGCCAUCAAGGUGGGGACCGAGGCCUUCGCGCGCUGAGCGAUGAUGUAUAGUCAGCUUUUGAACACCCAUAUAUCCGAAGAUUCUCUCUGUUUUCGUAUCAAUGUAUAAUUAACUUUGAGAUCCGACGAUGAGUGUAAAUGGAUAUGUGUGCAU